UGUUUGUCCUGCUGUGGCUUUGACUCAGCAGUCCCGGGCGGCGGCCCCUUUAAAUGCAGGGCCUGGGGUGUGAUGAGUGCGCGUCUCUCUGCUGCCCCCUCCCCGCUCCGCUGCAGUGACAAAUCCGCUCGCUCCUGCCCUGCCUCCACCCCCCACAGCGCGCAGCUCUGCACCCACCGCGCCAGCCCCCCGCCUCUCUCCGCCGGGAGCCAGAGCCGCUGCCCACCGUGCGGCCGCCCGCAGAAGCCAAGGGAGGAGAAGCAGAAGGGGACAAUGGAGGUUCCGCGCCUGGAUCGCAGCGGCAUGAGCAGCCCCACCAGCCCCUGCGAGGAUGUGAUCAAGAAUCUCAGCCUGGAGGCGAUUCAGCUCUGCGAUAGGGACGGGAAUAAAUCACAAGAUAGUGGGAUUGCAGAAAUGGAAGAACUUCCAGUCCCACACAACAUCAAAAUAAGUAACAUCACAUGUGAUUCUUUCAAGAUUUCAUGGGACAUGGAUUCUAAAUCCAAGGACCGUAUUACUCACUAUUUUAUUGAUCUAAACAAGAAAGAGAACAAGAAUUCCAACAAAUUUAAACACAAGGAUGUACCCACUAAACUGGUUGCAAAAGCUGUUCCUCUCCCUAUGACUGUUCGUGGACACUGGUUCUUGAGCCCAAGAACGGAAUAUACAGUAGCCGUGCAGACGGCAUCAAAGCAAGUUGAUGGGGAUUACGUUGUUUCUGAGUGGAGUGAAAUCAUAGAGUUUUGUACAGGAGAUUAUUCAAAAGUUCAUCUAACACAGCUUUUGGAAAAAGCUGAAGUGAUUGCAGGACGUAUGCUUAAGCUUUCUGUUUUUUAUCGGAAUCAGCACAAAGAAUACUUUGAUUAUAUCAGAGACCAACAUGGAAAUGCAAUGCAGCCUUCUGUCAAGGAUAACAGUGGUAGCCAUGGCUCUCCAAUCAGUGGGAAGUUGGAAGGCAUCUUCUUUAGCUGCAACACUGAGUUUAACACAGGGAAGCCACCACAAGAUUCACCUUAUGGAAGAUACAGGUUUGAGAUUUCAGCCGAAAAACUUUUCAAUCCAAAUACUAACUUGUACUUUGGGGACUUCUACUGCAUGUACACAGCUUAUCACUAUGUCAUUCUUGUUAUUGCCCCUGUUGGCUCACCAGGAGAUGAAUUCUGUAAGCAGCGCCUUCCUCAGCUAAAUUCAAAGGAUAAUAAAUUUCUGACCUGCACCGAAGAAGAUGGCAUCCUGGUUUAUCACCAUGCCCAGGAUGUUAUUUUAGAAGUAAUUUACACUGAUCCUGUGGAUCUUUCCCUUGGCACAGUUGCAGAAAUUACUGGUCAUCAGGUAAUGAGCUCGUCUACUGCAAAUGCAAAAAAAGAUCCCAGUUGCAAGACCUGCAACAUCAGUGUUGGACGUUAAUUCCUACCCCAUUACUUAGGAGCCUUUGAACCUCUGUUGUCCAUUUCCAUUGUCAGAUGUUCUCUUCAGAAGCAUGCACAUGCCGCUGUCACCAAAAGCAAACAUCAGUUUUUCAAAUUCAUUAAUAGCAUUUUUAGUAUAACUUUCCUCCUUCCUUCUAAUAGUUUAUAGCAUUAGGGGAACAGAAGUCCUGGAUUUUCUUUCUGACAACAUUUACACCUAGAUGCUGCAAUUUUUGUUUGUUUGUUUGUUCCUGGCCAAACAUAACAAAAACCUAUAUAAAAUGCUUUAGCAAAAUACAAAUAAUGGCUUAUAAUGGUGUUUAAAUAUGCAUUUAUUUUAAUCUACUGAACAAACACUGGGAUAACUCCAAACAGCAUGAAAGGUUGUAAUUGCAGCAUGAUUUAAAUCUCGAAGCCUAGAAAUGUCAGCACUUCCAACUUGUUGUUUGACAGUGUUAUUUAUAUUAGCUAACUGGAAACAAAAAUUGUGUUUAAACA